UAGUUAACACUCCGAAAAGGAAGUUACAAUAUAAAUUACACAGCUCUGUAAACAUAUCGAGGAAACUUUCCCAGGGAAAUGCUUGUUUUGAAAUGAUUCUUAUAUUAUGGUGAAAAGUUUCACAGGUGGGACUUUCCCAUCAACGAUUAACAUUGUUUUUGGUGGAUACAGUUUCCGGUGGCCUCACUACGCAAACGCUUUACUAUCAUUUCCGGAAUUUCCGAGAAAGCUUGAAGUAACUCUUUUGUGAAAUCACGAGCUGAGAGGUCGUCUUAUAAACCGUUUGAAAACGUUUGCUCUCCCCAACAUUAACUUGUUUUGUUGAGGUAGAACAUGGAGGAAUCACAUAGGAAAGUGUUAAGGAAGUUUCGGCUACAUAUCUCGCGGAAUAUUGAUGCAAGGAGGAUAACAGAAGUACUUUUUACCAACGAAAUUCUUGACGAAGCAAGUAAAGAAUUGAUCCUGGCUGAAACCACUAGUGAGGGAAAGGCAUUUUACCUGUUGGAUGUGCUUUCUCGAUGUGGUCCUGGUGCCUUUGAAUCGUUUUUGGCUGCUCUUCAUGGCUCCGGCCGUAGUUUCUUGGCCAAUGAGAUCCAUCGCCAUAUGUCAGGUGAACAGCCCUGUGAGGAUAAUGAACGGAGACCAAGAUCUGUUGGCCUUCCCAGAAAGGUUCCUAAUUUUGUUGGAAGGAUGGAUAUUUGUGAAGAAAUCACAAGGUUGUUGACCACAGAUGAGGAUGAUACAACCUGUCUUGUCACUGUUGUUGCACCUCCAGGAUUUGGAAAAACUGCCCUUGCAAAAGCUGUUGGGAACAUGAUACUGAGUCAAGGAAAAAAAGAUGUGAUAUACAUGUGCCUGAGAUCAGUGUCAUCUCUUACAUGUGCAGCUGAACUCUUGUUAGAGGAAGCAGUUGGUACUCGUGCUGAUCAGCAAGAUGCAAUCUCAAUGCUGAAAAGAUAUUUAACUUCCCUGCAAAAGCCAACAGUGCUUAUUCUGGAUAAUGCUGAAGACUUGCAAGCUAAAGAUGAGUCAGACUUUUAUAAACUUUUGAAGAAUAUUGGUGACCAUGCAAAAACUCUUGUCACACUUAUCACAAGUAGGACCCCUAUCUCAACAUUAGAACUCUGGCCUUUUGCCACCAGACAUUUUCCCCUGAGACCACUAGCCAAUGAGGACUCAUUGCUCUUUCUCAAGAACUGUGUACCUAACAUCUCAAAUCAAAGGGCAAAGGAAUUUGGCAUUGCUUGCCAUGGUAUCCCCCUGCUACUGAACAUAACAGCAUCAUUUUUGAAAAAAAAAACAGUUAACUCAAGUGAUCUCCACAGAAAGUUACAAAACUGUCCUCACAAUUUUCUUAAAGGGAAGAGCCAAAAAAUUCAAGUGUUAAAUUCCCAUCUUAAAGUAUUUUAUAACAAUCUACAGCCUGAAAUGAAGAAAGCCCUUGGUUUUUUGGCUUCAUUCCCAAAAUUAUUUACCAAAGAGGAAGCAAAAGAUGUGUUGUUUCCAACUGAGGAUUUUUUAGAUUUCCAGUAUAUGCUUGACACUCUUGAGCAACAUUCACUCUUACAGCUAGAUGAAGUGAACAAUCAACUGUACUAUAGCUUGCAUCCUCUUGUACAAGCAUUUUGCAGGUCAUCAAUGGAAGAAACCUGUAGGGAAUACAGCACAGCAAUUAAACUGUUUUCAAGGCAUUAUCUCGCAGUUCUGCAAGAUCUGAGUGAAGAAUUUAUAGGUACAGACUGUAGAAAUGCCAUAGAAAAAUAUCACAACUGCAAGACUAACAUCAUUCAUGCUCUUGUGGCAUCAGUUGAAGAUUGUGGUGAUCAGUUAGAGCGUGAUGGACUGUCUGUCUCCACCAAUGCUGUCAACUUUUUGGCAAAAGUAUUAAACAUAGAUGAAUUCAUGUCUGUGUAUUCACAGUGUUUAAAGGCAGCUGUUAAACUAAAUGACAACAUCCUUCACAGUGAGUGUCUUGUUUCCAUUGGAUUUAAACAGCUGUGUUACUAUGGCUACAAGGAUGCAUUCCACACAUCUGCAAAAGAAAGCCUCCAGCAAGCACAUGAACUUCAAAGUGAACUUUUGAUUUCUGAUACAGAAUGUGUGGGUCACUGUAAGUGCAAGCUGGGUCUUUGCACUGUCAUUUCUGGGGACAAAAGUAAAGGUAUCUCACUCAUAGCACAAGGAAUUGCUAUACGGAAGAGGAGGGUACGCUCUGAUGGAUCUGGUAAAGUGGAACGCAUGCUCCUUGCUGGUGGCUUUUGUGAUCUAGCAAUGGCCAUGUUUGUCAGUGGAAACUUAAGAGCUGCAAUCAACAUCUGGACAAACAUCUGUUUGGUCAGAUAUAGAGAGCUACUGGGGCAACACCCCUUUACAGCCUCCUUAUUACAUUACCUUGGUGAUGCUCAUCAGAGUCUUGGUGAUCUUAAGCGUGCUGUAGCGUGCAAGAGAGAGUCCCUUGAAAUGAGGAAAUAUCUUCUAGGUGACAAUCAUGUGGACACUGCUAGAGCUUAUUAUGGAUUGGGAUGUGCUCUUGGAGCCCUUGAUUCAACUGAAGAAGCAUUACAAAACUUAAAAAAGGCUCGUGAAAUUCAAAUUCGUUUUGCGGCGUCAGAGCAGGAUAUCCACAGGACUAAUCAAGAAAUGAAUCGCUUGAAAGGAAGAGUUACAGUGGACUUGCCAGGUCUCGUAGUACAACAAAUGUAUAUUUAAAACCUUGGCGUAUUUUAUGAUUGAACGUAAUUCAGCCAUGAAUAGAAUGAACAGUACUCAUUUGUGAUCGACCACAUUCUUGUACACGAAUCUUCCUUAGAUUUCAGACCUCUGUGUUGAGAGGCCACGCCCAAAAUAGAUCAAUAGGAAGAAAGUACUUUAUGCUAAUACAGAUGUCUCUUUGUCGGGGAUUUCCAAUAAUUAUGUUAGUAAAUAGUUGUGUGGUGAAUUGUGUUAAAAAAAAGUGUGCUGAGGAAACCUAUGAUUGAUAUAGUUGUAUCUGUUUCAGCCAUAUAACACAGUACAUGUUUGUUAAAGAAAGAUAGUAAAUUUUGAGCUCGGUAAAGAUUUUGUUUUUAUUCUUGUCGCGAACGGACAAAGAAAAAAUUAUCCGUUGUCUCAUGCUCGGGAUAAGACAAAAAAAAAAUUUUCGCUCAUGCAGCACUUGUUUCAAGAUGUUGAUCAUUCAGUGGUCCUACUGACCGGCACCUCCUUGAACUUGUUAGAGGACACGGAAAACUUAGGGAACAGAAAAUCUGUCUUGAAUAAAACGUCCGCCAACCAAAUACUAGGUAUAUGAGCACAUGUAUUCUUGUACUUUAAAGUAUGUAAUGUACAGAUGAAAAAUUUCGUCCAGUUUUACAACAAACUUAAGGAUUUAUAGUUUGCGUCAUUACUAUUCAAAUCUCAGAACAUACCGCAGGUAAUUUAAUUUAUCUCUAAAUGUUACAAUGCGACAUUCAUCAAGUUCUUUCUAAAGUACGGUCACAACA